AGUCAGACGUUUCAGUCCGUGUCACUUUUUUUUUUCCACCCUCCCUCGCUCCUCGACCUCGUUCGGGACCACUUUUUCUUCUCUUUCGCUUUAAUUUCUUCGCUUCUACCCGCACAUAUCACUGGAGGUCAUUGAGGAUGUGGACACUCGAGCAGGGAGUUUCGUUCGUCUCGUCCAUACGAGGCUGGAGGAGCUGUGAACCGAAAUGGCUCCUCUGAAGCCGCCAAGGUUAACGGGACCCUCGCUCUGCCCACUGGAGAUGCCGUCCACGUGUCCAGCCAGAUGACCUGGACAGUCCACCUGCAGUAGGGAACCUCCAGCCUGGCCCUGCUGCUUUUAUUUCCUUUAUUUCUCUGAAACCCCCUUAGACUCGCAUAGACCCCUCCACUCCACCACUCCACUUUAUGGACUUCUCUGUGUUGUGGUGACACCUUUGUGUUGUUUUUAACCCCUCGCGUCCCGUCCCUGCGCUGCAAGACCACCUCCGAGUUUGACGGGAGCCCUUAGCAUGCACAAGCUGAAGGCCGGCCCUGGCCCCCCUGCGCCAGACGUCUAUGAGUUCUCCCUGGACCAAGAGGAUGCCCGAGUUUUAAAAGUCCGGUCCGCAGGGGUGGUGUCUCCGCUGGCCCAGUUCAUCCAGGCGGAGCACCAGCAUGCGGGUCUCUUCGCCCUGCCCCAGCAGGAGCCUCCUGGGCCCAAGAAAAAGAGGAAAAGGUGCGGGAUGUGUGGCCCCUGCAUGCUCCUGGAGAACUGCGGCACCUGCAGCAACUGCCUCAACAGGAAGGUGGGCCAUCAGAUCUGCAAACUCAGGAAGUGUGAGGAGCUCAAGAGGAGGAGGAGCCCCUGGCAGGUGGAAUAUUGUGAAGACAGCGUAAAAGCGUGCACCUUAUCCCCAAACCUGGCAACAGAGACUGUUUCAAAGGUGGGUUCAGUGGAUGGCCCCAGAGGAAGUGGCCAGAUGGAAAUUGACCAUGACCGCCUGGAGAAAGGCGCGUUGAACCAGGAACCGUCCAAUGGGCUGAACCAGCACGCAGGAAAUGGAGAGGAGACGGAUGGACUUGAAGGUGGAGCUUUGGCCAGGGAGCAGCAUCAGCAAAACCACCACCACCAAGAGACAUUAGCAUGUCUUCCCCAGGGCCAGGACUGGGGGACUGGGCAUCAUAUAGGGGACCCAAACCCCCAGCAGCAACAGGCCGGAUGGAGCGAACAAACCACUGGUCGUUCAGUGAACAGUGUGGACAUGGAGGAUGCUAGGACCCUGGUAGCCUUCUCAGCUAGUGCAGGCUCCCUGCCCACUUGCAACAUUUCUCAGCCUUCUCAGAACCCUACUGCACAGCUGUAUGAGAGGUUCAUCCAGGAGAUGAGUGAUCGCGGGGAUGAUGCCAAGGAGAAAGGGUGGAGUGGUGAUGGUGAACACUGCACUCCGGAGGAUCUGAACAUCCUCCAGAUGGCACUGAAUCAAGCCCGUCAUGGCCACAAGCCGCCAAAUUGUGACUGUGAUGGACCAGACUGUCCUGACUACCUUGAGUGGCUGGAGAAGAAGAUAAGAAUGGCAGCCAACACCCAGGACAAGGGUCUCUGCAAGAUGUCAGGUGCUCCUCAAACACAGCAACAGCACUACCAAUCUCAGCCCCAACCUCAGUCCACUGACGCUAACCCCUCUUGUGGUUCAGAGUCACAGUCACAGGAUCCUGUUAACCAGCCCCCGAUUCCAAGACCUUACGGUCCCCCAGCACCCAUUCCUUGUUCCCCCAGUGUGUUAUCCAUUGCUAAAGAGAGGAAUGUCAGCCUUAAGACAGCUAUUGCCAUUGAGGCACUGACCCAACUAUCUGGCACAGGUGGGGCUGUCAGUGAAUUUGCCAGUGGAAACUCCAAACACCAUGCUUCUGCUCAAACUCCCACUCAGUCCCAAAAUGGGAUGCAAUUGGUUUCUUCAUCACCUGGCCCUCUCUCAUCAUCCUCCCCGAUGCCUCAGUCUGUCCCUCCUGGGCAUUUCCCCCAACAAGACCCUCCUUCAUGGGAACAGCACAGACCUCAGUCACAAGGUCCUGUUCCCCACUCCUCCCAAUACGGGUCCUCCCCCUUCCCAAGCUCACACCCAUCCACUGCUAGCCCCUUUCCCCAGCAGUGGCAGCAAGGCACUGGGGCAAGCUGUGAGAAAAGCUCUCCUAGGAACCCCUGGAUGAUGUUGAACGCUGAUCCUCUGGCUACUGUUCCACAACUUUCCCAAAGUGGCAAUGACCCAAUGUCUGAGCUGAAACAACUCCUGGGAGACACCAGCGGAAAGUAUGCCAAUGCUGCCUUCAAGUUCCCUGCCCAGCCUCAGAGUCUGAAGGACAGCCACAAGGGUGGCCACUCGGUGAUGCCCUAUGUCAAGCAGGAGGUUGACAAUGGGGAGUACCCAGCUCAGGCUUGUGCAACAAUGGGCCAGUUUGGGAUGGUAAAUGGCCAGCAGCAGCAAUUCCAGGGUCAGCAGCUUCCUCAAUCUAUUAGGCACUCAACUCAGGCAGCACUGCAACAGCUCCUUCAUCACAAACGUAACCUCUUCUCUGCUCCCAUGGCAUGCCAGACCUUACGCAAGUGGUGGCCACAAACCACGCAAGAGGGCACUCUAGCCAUUAAACAGGAACCUAAGGAGCCCAGGAAGAAAAAGAAUGCUCAGAGUUCUCCUAUAAUCAAGCAGUCAAUGGGCGGACUGCUUGGCCCCUUGGCCCCACCUCUUCCUAAACCUAAACAGAUCAUCAUCAAGAAGCCCAAGCAGAAGGCCUCUCAACCGGUCUUCCACCCACAGAGCCAGAUCACAAUACAGAAACCCCUUCCAUGCAUGCAAGUGGGCCUGUCAUCCCUAUCCCAGCUUACGCCAUCUCUACCAGGCAUGGAGGCUGGGCUCCCCCACUGUCUAUCCCCAUAUAACCCCUCUCAGGUGGCUAUGAGCCAGGCAGCUCCAGCCCAAUCUCAGGAAUCCAUUUUGAACAGCAGUAGUACCCUUAUCUCUGGAAACACUCCCCCAAUCUCCACCCCUGUGUCUGUCCCUUUGCCCCCUGCCCAGGAGGGGCUGACUAGCUCAGGCCUUGCCACAGCAGGUGAGGCUACCACUUCCACACCUCAGACCUCCACAUCUCAGCCCACUCCACCCCUGGCGGGCCUCGGGUCACUUGAUCCAAAAUUUGAGGAACUGAUUCGCCAGUUUGAGGAGGAAUUUGGGGAUACUUUGCCCAGCGCUCCUGCAGAUGCUCUGGAGCAGGGCCCUGCUCCUUCUGUGGUGACUGAGUCACAACAAAACUCUAACUCAGGACAAGCCAGACCCCAGUCACCAUCCACAGAGCAGCUCACCAAUCCCCUUGAGGACACGUCAAGCCAGCCAGAGCCCAUGCAAGAGGGAGAGAAGGAGAGAGAGCUGGAUAGUCAGGCUGAAGGAGUGAAAGAAGAUACCCCAGUGUCCUUCAGCCAGCUUGCUGCCAUCAAACAGGAAGUUGAGGAGUGCAAAGUGGAUGUCAAGCCCUCAGGCCCGCUCUUGUCCCAAGCACAUGAGGCUUAUCUGCAGCAGCAACAGCACCGAGUCCUGGUGGACCCCUUCACCAUGUCCUGCACAUCUCCUACCAAACGCAUGAAGAUUGAGUCAUCGGGCGGCGUAACAGUGCUCUCCACCACUGGCUGUUUCUCCACAGCAGGAGAUGGUUUAGAUACUCCUACAAAGGAGGGUUUUCCCUCAGCUCCCUCUCUGAAAGGAUUCCUGGAGUCUCCGCUGCGCUACUUGGAUACUCCAACCAAGAGCCUUCUGGACACACCUGUGAAGGACAGCCAGGCAGAGUUCCCUCUCUGCGACUGUGUGGAGCAAAUCCUAGAGAAAGAUGAAGGACCGUACUACAAUCAUUUGGGAGCAGGCCCCACCGUGGCUUCAAUAAGAGAGCUGAUGGAGAGCAGGUUUGGAGAGAAGGGGGAAGCCAUCCGUAUAGAGAAGGUUCUGUUCACGGGCAGGGAAGGCAAGAGUUCACAAGGAUGUCCUAUCGCGAAGUGGGUGAUUCGGCGCAGCAGUGAGAAAGAGAAGUUGUUGUGUUUGGUAAGGCACCGGGCGGGUCACCACUGUGCCAAUGCAGUCAUCAUCAUCCUCAUCCUGGCCUGGGAGGGCGUUCCGAAGUCUGUGGGGGACAAACUCUACCAAGAAGUCUCCGACACGCUCACCAAAUACGGCAACCCCACCAGCCGCCGCUGUGGCCUCAAUGACGAUCGUACGUGCGCAUGCCAGGGGAAAGACCCCGAGACCUGUGGUGCUUCCUUCUCUUUCGGGUGUUCCUGGAGCAUGUACUUCAACGGGUGCAAGUACGCCCGCAGUAAGACACCCCGCAAGUUCAGACUACAGGGAGAACACCCCAAAGAGGAGGAGCUUCUCAGGGAUAACUUCCAGGACCUGGCCACCAGGGUGGCACCUCUGUAUAAAAGGCUUGCCCCUCAGGCAUACAGCAACCAGUGUGCGAAUGAAAAGGUGGCAACGGACUGCCGGCUGGGUCUGAAAGAAGGGCGGCCCUUUUCAGGCAUCACUGCAUGCAUGGACUUUUGUGCCCAUGCUCACAAAGACCAGCAUAACCUCCACAACGGCUGCACUGUGGUCUGCACUCUCACAAAAGAGGACAAUCGGCAGGUGGGGGUGAUCCCGGACGACGAACAGCUUCAUGUGCUUCCGCUUUAUAAGAUCUCCCCAACGGAUGAGUUUGGCAAUGAGGAGAACCAGCGCCUCAAAAUACAGACAGGUGCCAUCCAGGUGCUCAGCAGUUUCCGCCGAGAGGUCCGGAAACUUCCGGAGCCUGCCAAGUCCUGCCGGCAGCGUCGUUUAGAGGCCAAGAAAGCUGCAUCAGAGAAGAAGAACAAGAAACAGCAGCUAGCAGAGACACCAGAGAAGACGAUCAAGAAGGAAGUCCGGCUUGCAGUUUCACCGCACUUGCAGCAAGGCAAUAAAGCAAUUCCAAAACAAGAGGUGAAGCCCACCAUCAAAAAAGAGCUGGUUGACCGCUUUCAGGCCAUGAAUGGAGACUUUGAUGGCUACCCAGCCCUUGGGAAUGGCAAGAUGUGUCCUGAUCCCUACAGGAUUAAUGGUGCCUAUUCCUACCCUGGUCCCUAUGCAAGAGGUGGCCUGCCUUCCAAUGGCCAGCCGUCUGCGCCUAGCCCUGUUAAUGGCUUCCAUCCUAACCUCCAAGGUAUGCCCUACAAUUACUACAACUACCCCCCCAAUGCACUUUUGCCCCCUGAGGUCUUGAGCUGUGAGGGUCGUAAUGGGACCUGGACCAAGGCUGCUGCAGCAGAACAGAAACCUGAUAUCCAGGGUCUUCAGGCCAGGCUGGCACAAGCAUACCCUAACCGCUCUGAUCAGCAGCGUCAGCUGCAAGUGACCAACUUGGGCAACCCUGGGUAUCUGCACCAGUCUGAGGUAUCCCAGUCUCCGGCUCCCCCUACUCGUACCCCGUCUGCAACCCCAGAUCAACACCGUGUCACACCAGUCAUCAAGCAGGAGCCUAUGGAAGUGCCACUAUAUGAAAGCAGGAUGGAUGGGCAAGUCCGCAGUUGCCCCACCACCCCUAGCGUCACCCCUCAACCUGAGGCCUGGCCUGGCCACAAGGCCAAUGGCAGCUUGGCAUCCAAAGGCUGGGAUGGAAAUCUCAGACCUGGUCUAGCCCAUUCACCUUUCACUCCAGACAAGCAACAGCUCCACCAGCAGCACCAUACCCAGCCUCAACAUCCUCAGUAUGCUCAUCCACAGCAUCAGUGGAGCUCCUACCCUGGUACUCCAAUGGCAUCCCCUGCUCCCUCUCCCUCACCAGCCUUGAAAGCAGGCCCAUCUCCAGCUGCUUCCCCUCACCCAGGUACCCCACUCCGCUGGGAUAGCCCUGUCCCCAGUCCACAGCCCAAAGCUUGGGGUCCGAUAGGGUCUGCAGGCUUUGGUCCUGGGGGCCUUAGACAGGGUACCCCAGUUGGGGCAUUCCCAGACAGGAUGCUGUCCCAGGCGGUAGAGAGUCGAGGCUCAACGCCUUUGGGGCUGCAGGAGAAGGCCUGGAAGUCCGGCGGUGCUUCCGCAGCAGGAAACACUCCAUCUCCAGCUCCAGAGGGCCGUCUGUUUCCAGACGCCUUGCAGAAGGCAGACGGGCAAGCUUGCUGGGAGAUGGAGGCAGAAAGCCAGAGUGAACGAGAGCUUGAAGAGGAGGAGGUGUGGUCAGACAGUGAGCACAACUUCCUUGACCCCAACAUUGGAGGAGUAGCGGUGGCUCCAGGCCAUGGCUCCAUUCUCAUUGAGUGCGCCCGCCGGGAGCUACACGCCACCACGCCCUUGAAGAAGCCAGAUCGCAGUCACCCAACUCGCAUCUCCCUGGUGUUUUACCAGCACAAGAAUCUGAACCAGCCCUGCCAUGGCCUAGCGCUGUGGGAGGCCAAGAUGAAGCUGCUGGCUGAGCGGGCAAGGCAGAGGCAGCAGGAAGCAGCUCUUCUGGGCCUCUCACAGGAAGACAUCAAGGCCUACGGCAAGAAGCGCAAGUGGGCCGACGGAGCCUCAAGUCCUUCCUCGGGGCCCACCAAGGACAAACGGGAAGGGGUGGUGACACGGUUGGCCCCCACACAUCAAACCACCACCAUGGUCACUGUGUCACCCUACGCCUUCACCCAGCUCACAGGGCCCUACAGUCGCUUUAUGUAAGCUCUUGCAGACAGGUGCUCCUCUGUGGCCAGGAGUGGAAAUGCAGGGUGCGAAAAUGCUAAAGGAAUCUCAACCAUUCCUUAAACCCUGAACCUCUCCCAGCUCUGCAUUCCCUCCCAGACCAUCAGUGGAAGGGAAGGAUAGAGGGGCACUUUUCUCUUUUUUUCAUUUUCUUUUUUUUUUACCUCAAGUUUUGGUGGCAGUUUGGGAGUCCCCCAAACGGACACGCUGCCUAUGGUGCUCUUGUUCUCUCCAACGUGGGAGGGAUUCCAUAGUUUACCCUCCCUAAGUGAAUUUAAUGAUUCUAAUUAUUAUUGCUAUUAUUAUCAAUAUUAUUAUGAUUGCUAUUGUUACUGUUGACGUUGAUAUUACAGGUAUUGUUAUUAUAUUAUGAAGAUGACUAUUUUUUAUUUUAAUCGUAUUGUUUUUCAUCAAUGUUGUUAUUAAUAUUAUGAUUGUUUUGAGGGCUUUUUAUCUUUUCUUUUCUUCUCUUGAUGGCGAGGGACUUUGUCUCCGUCAGUCUUGCUUGUUCGAUAUGAAUGUGAGAACAAGCUAAUCAUAAUUUUUUGCUUUUGUUGAGUGUUGUUGUUUUUUCUUUCUCUUUGCCUUUUUCCCAAUUAACCUCUCCAUAAUAUACAGCACCUUCACAUCACUGCGAGCCAUGCCUGUGUCUGUAACCUACGCAAGACACUCUGGAGGAAGGACAGUGUUCAUAAGAGGGCUAGCUCCAUGCUGUAAUCACAGAGUAUGCGACCAAAAUAAGCGAGGAAAGUCCUGGCAUCAACAGGGGCCUUUCUGUUUUGUGCCACACUUACAUAUACUGGAGGUCUUUCCUGGUCCUUCCAAUGGUGCUUUUUUUCUGUCUUAGCUGUCUCCGAUUUUUGCCCUCACCAUAAUGGUGGCAGACGGUGAACCGAGGUGCUCUUUAAACAGCAGAUAUACGUCUGGUUAAGCAACAAGCUGCCCCAGAUUAGGUCCACUCUCCUGGGGCAUCAGUGUCAUCAACCACUCGGUGCUGACGUAUAUUUUCAUGGUGCAGUAUCGAUUUCUACCCUUGAGACAGUGGUAAGACAGAGUUCUCUGAGGUGCUAUUGCAGUUUGGUCCACCUCUACAAUGCCCUAAAGAUGACCCACAGUGGGUCCGAGCCUGUGCCCUCCAGCAAGACCCAGCAGUUCUGACCCAAACACGGCUGGAGUUCGGGAAUUCUCCAAAAGUGAGCCAGACAAAGGGGAGAAAUCAAGAGCUCCGGUCGAAAAAUGGAUCUAGAAUUGUUCGGUCAGGCUGAAGCUUCAGUUACCAGCCUGAGCAGAGAGAGAGAAAGAGAGGACAAUGAAGGAGGUUGGUGCUACUAAAGUCUUUCCAUGCCUCUGAAAUGACUCCAUAGCUCCUCUUUGUCUCCUCUUGCCCUGACAGCUGAUCUCCCCCUUAAGUUUGAGGUGCUUCUCACUCAUUUCGGCACUGUUUAGCGCUUUGGCUGUGUGGCUGGCCAAAGCGCGUGGUGCAUGUUGCGUGUGAUUGUGUUGUUGCGUGACUGUAUGCGUGUGCAUGGUUCUUGGGGAGAGCCGAAGGGUUGCCGUGGGUUUACACAGGGCAGUAGACUUGCUUGGUGCUCACAGAUGAGAGAGAGUCUGGUGCUUAUGGAGCCGUCCUCUAGUUCUUUACCUCAUGUUGAGACGCUGAUCACAGUCACAACAUGCUACUAAUACACGGGCGCUACAGACUGUAGGCCUUCGGGCCUACAUCCACAUACUUAUCUACUUUUUUUUAUUAUUAUUUAUUACAUGAUGAUGAUGAUGAUGAUGAUGAUGAAGAUUAUUGUUAUUGUGCUUGCUGUCAUUUUUUUGUUUGUUUUGUUUUAUUGUUUCAUUUUAGACAAAUUGUAAAUAUAGAAGAAAAGAUUUUAUAAAAGCACUUUUAAUCUUGAUUUUAAUGAGGAGGAAAAAAAAAUGAUAAGAACGGAAUAUUGACAACUUGAAUCCUAGUCUUUCUUUUUUUGUUUCGUUUCGUUUUGUUUGUUUGUGCUUUUUUUUAAUGGAAUUUUAUUGGGAGAGAUAGAAAUGUAAAUAGUUAAAUAUUUAGGUAAGAUUAUUUAACUGGUGAGGAAUAAAUCAUGAAUGAUUCCUUUGCUUUUUAGUCUACGGUUGUCAGUAUGUCAAGCCCUCAACAUUAACGCAACACUCGGGUUCAUAUGUUCCGAAUGAGUCGGAGUAAAAGCGACGAAGAUCAGUAGCUUCUCACGUCCCAGAGAAUCCGGUGAGACGGACGGGAGAAGGCUGAUCCCAGAUCGGUUACUUCUGGUUCACUGAGACAAGUGGGCCCCAGUGUUUGUUCUCUGUACUCAAUAUACUGCUGUUCUUCUUUUUAAUAAGUACUGUACUUAGACCAAUACCUCUGAACAACCACCGAUACAGGCUUCCUCUCCCGACAAACGAAACAGAACUGAGAACAAAAUGCGAAGCAGCAGCAUGCGUGAACAUGUGAUCGGAGAUGGGAAGGAAAAUGUAAGGAUUGAGCGUGACGAUGUUAUAAUCUAACAUCUAUUGAAUGAAACAAGGUUUGAGCUAGCCACUGAAAUGAUUCUACAAUUGGAUGUUUUUUCUUUCUUUACUUAAAACAUUGUUCUAUUCUAUUGCCCUUUGCAGGAUGUGCGUAUAUGUUUGCGCUGUCGCGGACUUUGAAUGUGACGUGGGGUUCGUUUUACACCUUUGCCACUUUCGUAGACCUUGCCGAAGCGACAGUUGUCGGCGUAGAACAGUUUUUUUCAUUGUAUGGUUUAGACGGCUGCAUUUCAGGAUGAUGUUUUCUUGAAGCCGCGCUUAUAUUUGACGGCAGUGAAACUUUUAACCAUGGUGCUACCCGUAGAGGUCACUGUAGAAACAACGCGCAUAGCAAAGGAACUGUUGCUGUGCUGUUUUUGAAAUCUUUAAUAUGAUAUAUGAACCGUUGUCUCAGUUUUAAGCGUAUAGGAAACGUCUAUGGUGCUGAUAAUUCUGUUUUCUUUUCUCCUCACUUAGUCACGUCGAAAGACAUUUAUGAUUAUCAUAAUUUAAAGCAAAGCACUCAAAUUUCUUGGCAGUUCUCGCUCUGUUUUUCUUUUAACCCUCACCCCAAAUAACUGAAAAUGGUACUUGAAGCAGAUAUCUAGAAUCAAUGAUAUUAUACAGGUAGACAAAUGAAACUUGUAUGCUAUGGAGAUGAAUAGACUGUUAACUUAAUAGAUGUUCUGGUGCGCGAGCCCAGAAAUGCGCUUUUACCCAUUUGAAAUAUUUUCUAUAUAUUUCUCUUUUGUUGUUCUCUUGGAAUGACUCAACCUCUCUUGAUAACACCCAUGCAUUCCUUACUCACUCGUACACACCACACAAACACAAGCACCCACACUUACACACUUGUAAUUCGAACACUCUUUGUUGCCCCCCCCCACACUCUGUCAGCACUCAGUAUGAAACAUUGAUCAUGCCCAGUUUUACAUAAUAUAGAAAAAAGACAAAAAAGUAAACAAACGACAAAAACAAACAAAAAAAUGAAUAACUGGCAGCUACAUUCCUAUAUGAGUUAAAGAUUGCUCUUGGUUCUAUUUUUUCAUGUCAAGUAUGCAGUAUGUAAAAAGUGUUUUCUUUUGUUUGGUCUCUCUCCUUGUAGCUGUUUGGUGUAUUAUGUGAAUACAUAGUGUAUGUGGUAAAACCCACGAUUCUGUUUUAUGUUCUGCAAAAGUAAAAAA